AUCAUGUGACAUUGAGUCCUUUCGAUGAUGCAGGUGUGUGAAGUUUGGGGAAGAUAUUUCGACAGAUAGUAGGAAUUACUAUGCUAAGAUAAUGUUUUUAGAAUGUUAUUACCAGAAGCAGUUCAAUGUUUUCUCCUGCUUGUUUAUGGAUCCUCUUUAAUUGGAGUUAACAGCAGGGUCUGGUCUGGGAUUUAUAACAGACUUCAGUUUCAGUGUAAUGAAACAAUUAUACAAAACUGCUCUACUUGUGCAAAGGGACAUUUUGCUGACAUGAACCAAACAGUAUGUUCAUGCUGUCAAGAACAGGGACAGUGUUGGGUUGACCACUGUUCCCCUUGUGUCCCUGGUACCUACCAACCAAAAACUGGUCAAACUAAUUGUCAGCUGUGUGAAGAAGGAACUUUUUCAGGAAAUAAAAGCACUCAAUGCACCCCCUGUCCUCCAGGUGAAUAUAAUGAUGUGGCUGGGAGUGACAAGUGCUACCAGUGUCAACCAGGUACCUACACCCCUGAGAAGAAAUCUAAACACUGUAUUGACUGCAGCAAGGGGUCCUAUCAAAAUGCAUCUGGGGCAAUCACAUGCAAACCCUGUGAUCUAGGAACUUUUAGCAACACCACUGGAUGUCCCGAGUGCAUGUUAUGCCCAAUCGGGAAAUUUUCCAACAAAACAGGGCUUAGAGAAUGUUAUAAUUGCCCUAUAAGUACAUACCAAAAUCAGACUGGUAAAUCCAACUGCACGGUGUGUGACCCAGGUUUUGAAACAAAAGCAGAAGGUAGCUGGAACUGCACUGGGUGUGAGCCUGGACAUUACAGAGCUUCUUCCACACUAAAGGAAGGUUGCAAAGAAUGUAAAGAAGGAACAUACGCUCCUACAAGUAAUUCAACAGAAUGCACAAAAUGCCCUGUGGGGGAGUUUAGUUCACAAUCUGGUGCUACUAAAUGUUUCAGAUGUCCACCUGAUGCUGUGUGCCUGGAGGAAGGCUGUUAUAGAUGUUAUGGGUGCCCCCCUGGCAAAGAGCCAAACUCUUCCUCGACUUGUAAAAAGUGUGCUCCCGGUACUGCCAAAGGUGGAGAUGAACCAGGGUUUUGUGAGCAGUGUGAACUGGGAACAUUCACAGUAGGGGUGGGAUCAGACAAAUGUCAAAAAUGUCCACAAGGAGAAUAUUGUCCUUGUCCAACCUGCCCUCCUCAAGUGUGCCCAAAAGAUUAUUAUUGUCCAUCUGGUUCCUUCAAACCAUUAGCUUGCACGAAUCCAUUGUUUGUUGUUGCUGAAAACAAAGCAAGCUGUGUGGCUUCACAAGAGUUGUAUGGCAUUGGGGCUGGAGUCAUUAUAAUUGUUAUAGUUGUGGUGGUAUGUUUGAGCUACUAUUUCUUCAGGAGAAGAGUACAUGAAGGUUCGUCAGAAGAAACCACACCCCUGACCAGAAAUCAAAGAAAAGAACCAGUUUAUGAAGGAUUUUGAAAACAGACCAUUGAAUACUAUUUAAGAACACUGCAAAGUCAGAGAUUGGUCAAUUUCCCUCUUCAUUUGUCAGAGGGACAGUGAUAAAAAAAAGCACUUAUGCAGUCUUAGGGGAAAAGGAAGUGUGCAAAAAGUAAUGAAAAGAGUAGGAAAACUGAAGCAAUGUAAACGUGUCUAAUAAGACUGAGUGCAGAAGAAGUUUGUUGGUCUUAAAUUUUGUUUGCCAUGAAUUGAUGUGGUUGUGAUAUUGUUAUUUUGUUACAGUUUUAGUGACUUAUUCCAAGGAUUAAA